AGCUUGCAACAUGUCUAUUGUGCAUGUCGGUUGGCCAAGAAAGAGGCGAUCCUUCCACAUUUCCAUUUCUCUCUGCCUUUUCCCAAGAAGAUCCACUGCGCCGGAGGAUCUACAAGGGGAACCAGCCAACCAGAAACAACAUUUCCCUUUCUUUUCGUCCAGUUCUCCAGCCAUGAGCCUUUUACUAUUGUUGGAGUCAACCUGCAUUUUCCUGUUUUCCCAAGCACUGAUGUCACAGAGCACUCAAGAACUGCAUGUCAGCCAGGAAACCAUUGAAAAAAUUUCAGCUGCUGGCCAAUUAAUGAAUUGUUCUGCCCCAGUCGAUGUCAUGUUUCUGUUGGAUGGAUCAUAUAGCAUUGGCAAAGGAAACUUUGAAAGGUCAAAAUAUUUAAUAAUCAAACUUUGUGAUGCCUUGGACAUCGGUCGGGAAAAGGUCAGAGUGGGAGCAAUACAGUUCAGCAACGCUGCUUACUUGGAAUUCUCCCUGGAUGCAUAUUUCACCAAACAGGAAAUAAAAGACAAACUCAAGAGGAUUGUGUUCAAAGGUGGUAGAACAGAAACUGGACUCGCUCUGAAAUACAUCCUUCGGAAAGGAUUCCGUGGGGGCAGGAAUUCAUUAGUACCUAAACUCCUCAUUAUUCUUACUGAUGGGAAAUCUCAAGGCAAUGUGGCUGCACCAGCCAAGCAGUUAAAAGAAAGGGGAAUUGCUGUGUUUGCGGUGGGAAUCAGCUUUCCAAGAUGGGAAGAACUGCACAUCCUGGCCAGUGAGCCAACUGAAUGCUACCUGCUCUUUGCAGAAGACACUGAUGAUGCCUCCAAUGGCCUCUACACCACCCUUACUGGAUCAGCAAUAUGCAAUGCUGCAUUUCCAGGCUGCACAGCUGAAUAUCACCCUUGCGAACGCAGAACAGUGAAGAGAGUGAAGGAACUGGUUGGAAACUAUUUAUGUUGGAAGGGAACAAAGAGCAAUAGUGCUGUGCAGACUUCACUCUGCCCUUUUUACAAAUAUUCAAGGCUUGUCCACUUGGAGAUUGGCUUUGGCCGUUGGGUUGAAAUAACAAGCAAAAUGGAUUCUCCAAGAACGAACAUUAUAGCACCUUCUUCCUUUCUCUCUUAUUCUUGUUUUGUUUUUCCAGAUCCUUGCAGUUCCCACCCUUGCCAGAAUGGAGGCACGUGCAUCCAACAGGGUUUAGAAGGAUACCACUGUGUCUGCCCAGCUGGAUUUGGAGGAGAUGCUAAUUGCACACCAAAACUGAGUCUUGAAUGCAGCGUGGACCUCCUUUUUCUAGUAGACAGUUCUUCCAGCACCACCCUUGAAGGAUUCUUGCGCUAUAAAGCUUUCCUGAAAAGGUUUCUCCAAGCAGUAUGGAGUGCAGAGACUUCAGGAAAUAUGGGUGUAGCCCACUAUAGCGACGAUGUUGAGAUGACUGUCAGAGUUGGGGACUACAAAGAUCUGCUCAGUCUGGUAAAAGCCAUUGAUUCCAUGCUGUUCAGUGGAGGGAGCACUUUGACUGGUAAAGCUUUACGGCAUGUUACGCAACAUGGCUUUAAGAGUGCACCAGUUUUUGCUGAUGUUCCCGACGACCUCCCGCGUGUUGUCAUCUUGCUGACAGAUGCAAAUGCUCAAGAUUCAGUGGUGGAGGCAGCCAAGUACAGCAGAGGCCAAGAUGUCUUCCUUAUUGGAAUUGGCAGUGAAUUUUUGAGAGCAGAGCUAGAGGAAAUUACAGGGAAUCCAAAGCGAACAAUUAUCUACUCAACACCACAAGAUCUGUUUAACAAGAUCACUGAAUUACAGAGAAAAAUUUGUAGCAUAGACAGCCAAGGCUGUCCAACUCAAUCCCUGGAUUUGGUGUUUGCUUUGGAUUCAUCAGGUUCAGUUGGAAGGGACAACUUUGUGCAGCUAAAAACCUUUGUCAGCAGCAUGUCUUCCCAAUUUGUCAUCAAUCGGGACGUGACACAGAUAGGGCUUGUUGUCUUUGGGAAAAGGUCCCAAACUAUUUUUGGACUGGACAGACAUGUUACUGAUUCAAGUCUCCAUGAAGCUAUCAAUCAAGCUUCCUUUGUGGGUGGCUCAGUCUCAGUUGGCAGCUCCUUGCUGCAUAUUUAUGAUGAUGUCUUGACUGUCCAAAAAGGCGCAAGGCCUGGUGUGAAGAAGAUUGUGGUGGUGAUUACAGGUGGAGCUGGACUGGAGGAUGCCAUAGUCCCUGCUCAGCAGCUUCGUAAUAAUGACAUAUCACUGUUUAUUGUUGGAAUGGGACAUAUCCCAACAGGCUCAUUACUGAAGAUUGCCGGUUCUUAUGAUAAUGUAUUAAGGAUUUCUUCUUACAAAGAUCUAAAAUAUAACGAAGGACUUAUAAUGGAAAGAAUAUGUGAUGAGGCUAAGAAACCAGUGAACCUGUGCAGACCCAACCCUUGCAUGAAUGAUGGAAUGUGUGUUCCUGGGAAUGGCAGCUACCACUGUCAGUGCCAAGGCUGGGAAGGACCACAUUGUGAAAACAGAAUUCAGAGAGGGAACGCUUCACAGUCACAGAGACAUCCAGCAACAGUCCGUGAUCUUCGAAACCAACAUGGAUGGCGGCAGCUGUACAGAACUCAGCAGCGGUCAAAAAGGCAGAUGAUGCCGACUCAGUGAGGACAUCAGAAAUAUUGUGGUCUUUAGCUACAGAAAAUAUGCUUACAAAAGAACUGAAACACAGGAAAUAUUUACAAGCAAUAAUGCUAUUUCAAACCAUGAGACUUUUGCACAGAAUCACUUCCUGGUGUACCAAAUGAGGUUGCCAAUAUAUUUUUAUUUUCAAUAUUUAUUAUUGAUAUACUGAUACUGUAAGGUGCUACACAGUAAGUUUUUUAGCUCUAAAAAUUUGUUUUUUUAAUGCAUGGGACAUUCAAAAUGAUGCUAUAAUUUUGUAACCAAAUCAAAACAGUAAAAUAACUAAAAUGAAGUUUAUAUUAUUAGAUUCCCCAACUUUCCAAAAUACUUAGAAGUUACAGAGAUCUGUUACUUACCUCAGUUUAGCUACUAAGGGCUUAUGGCAUUUUACAUUACUAGAGUUUGUUUGCAUACAGGAUUAAGAUGGAUCAAGUGUGAGCAACUUCCAGACUUUUAGGGGUUUGUAUAUACCCACCCUCCUCCUCAGUGUGUUUUUUAAAAUAAAUAAAAUAAAGCCCCCAAAGGGUGGGGGAAUUGUCAGACACUGGGGACCAUAUUUGCUUUCCAAGGGGCAUUGCAUGGUCACAUGGCCUUUACCAUCAUGAAAAUGUGGCCCAAGUACUCUAAAGGUAGCAGAUUCUGUCUGAUCUUGGAAACUAAGCAGGGUCAGGUCUGGUUAGUACUUGGAUGGGAGACCAGCAAUGAAUACCAAGUGCUAUACCAAAUUUAAGAGUAAGGUACUAGCAAAACUGACUCUGAGUAUUCCUUGCCUAUGAAAACCCUAUGGCAUUCAUGGGGUCGCAAUUAAAUCAACAGAUGACUGGAAGGCAUAUACACACCACUGAGAACAGUUGUUUCAAUUUCUUGGUAGCAAAAUGUCCUCCUAAGUCCCCUAGGAGACUGCAAGAACUAUUUCACCAUAUUUGGGUCCCUCCAGGUCAUUAUAGUCUGACGUAAGAUGGUUAAUUUUUAGGUCACCUGCUGUUAGAAAAAUGUUUCUGUUGGGUCUAAAACAGCAUUGGAGUGUCCUACAACAUGGUGAAAUGGAGUGUAGGGGGGCAUUUGAGAGCAAAAAUUGUGGAGCUGGUGGUGGGGUCACAAAAAUGGCCUUGGAGGUCACAUGCACUCUCUUCUCCUCUCUAAAAGGUGUGAUGCUGUAGAGAGUGGACACAACAAUAUUGUUUCCAUGUCUCCUAGAGAGGCUGCAAAAUAAAUUUUACAAAGUAUAGUUGGUGUUGCAACCAAACAGGAAAGUGCAUGCAUCUUCUGGGUCACAAUCCCUAGUCCCAUGGGCACAGUUUAACACUCCCACAGAUUUCCAAAUCUAUUGCCCCAAAUCAGAAUGAGACAAGCUUGCUUCAAAAUUUGUUGCAUAUCUAUUGUUCUCUUCUAUUUCCCGAUUCAAAUUGCAAUGUCUUUUCUUUGCUAUUAAUAAUUUUCCUCUUUCUUUGGCUGGACAGAGAAAUUACACCAGGUAUGUUUCAGCUACCCUCUAGUCUUCUUGGUUCAAUUUUUAUAAUUUUCAUAAUGAGAAACGUUCCUUAAAAUGUCAAGUUUGCCACUGAGCAUUAGAAGAGUCCAGUAGUACUGCUAGCACCAAAUAUAACUAUAAAGUGGGAAUUGUACAGCCUUCCAGAUGAUGUUGGACUGCACUUCCCAGCGUUCCUCGCUAUUGGCUGUGCUAGCUAGAGCUGGGAGUUGCAGCACCUUUCUGCUUACAUUGCAAGCAAAGAGGCAUUUCUGUAUAUUCCUCCCUCCCCCUUCACUGAUUGAAACAAACAUCCCUUGAGUGCAUGUUGAAACACACAUGGAGAUCUAAGUGUUGAAUGAAGGAAUUCCCUUACAUUUGCCUUCAGACCCUCAACAUUGUGGAUCAUAGUGUGUGUGUGUGUGUGUGUGUGUGUGUAAGCAUGCCCCUGUUUGGGGUGUAAAAGGGGAGUUAGCUUGUACAGUAUAAAACUGUUCUUUAAUUGUGCCUGAUAGAGA